AUGGCAUCUAAAGCGGAUCACAUCCUCAUAACCGGGGCCGCCGGUUUCAUUGGCCAGGAGCUCAUCACCGCCCUCCUUCUCUCAUCGCCUUCCAUUCAUCUCACAACAACAGACAUAACAACCCCUCCCAUUCCGCCACAAGCUCUCUCUCACGCAUCUCGUGUGACAUCACUUAAAACAGACCUCACUUCAUCGGAGGCAGUCGCUUCUCUUCUUACGAGUCACUCGCGUUUCGACGCAAUCUACCUUCUCCAUGGCAUCAUGUCUGGAGGCGCGGAAGCGAACCUGGAACUAGGCCUUGCCGUAAACCUCGACAGCCACCGCGUAAUUCUCGAUGCCUUGCGCCAAGAAGCAUCUCCGCAUCGUGGAUCCGUUGUGGUAUUCCCCAGCUCAUUGGCAGUCUACGGUCCUGCAGCACCGGGCCAGAUCAACACCGAGACAACUUGCCCGAUUCCCCAGUCUUCGUACGGCGCCCAGAAGCUGAUAAUCGAGACGCUUCUGGGAGAUUACUCACGCCGUGGGCUGCUAGAUGGACGAAUUGUGCGGUUACCUACCAUCAUCGUCCGUCCGGGCGCCCCAAGCGCGGCGGCUUCCUCCUUUGCUUCGGGCAUUGUGAGGGAGUCGCUCAAAGGUGAGGGAAACAUCUUACCAGUGAGGCCGGAACUACCUAUGUGGGUGUGCUCUCCGAAGACGGUGGUCAAGAAUCUGGUGGAUAUCAAGGGCAUUCCUCAUGAGAAGUUUGGGAUUUCUAGAGUUCUCAAUUUGCCCGGCGUUACUGUCACCGUGGCGGACAUCCUGAAUGCGCUAGAGGUUGUCGGAGGUACAGAGGCUAGGAAACUGGUGCGCGAAGAGAGAAGCCCGCAGAUUGAGGCGAUCGUCGGUUGUUGGCCGGCUUAUUUCGAUGUUUCGAAGGCCCUUGGCCUCGGCCUUUCUCAGGAUGGGGAUCUGAUAACCACAGUCAAGGACUUUGCAGAACGCCUUCGGGCCAGUGUUUAG